CUGACGCCGGCACCGGCCUGCGGAGCCCGAACGGGGCAGCACCGCCCCUCACGCCGCCGCCGCCGCCGCCGCCUCCCCUUCGCCCUCGCAUUCCCACCCCCAGCCAAGGCCUGCUGACCGCGCGGAGCGCCGAGCUGGACUGACCACGGCGGCCUGGAGACCUGAGGAGGAAGCAGCUGGCCCGCCCCUGGGAUCACGCUCUCGCCGCCACUGAGUGGAUUGAAUUGAGGCGCCGCCGCUGCCGGAGGCGAAAAAGAAGGAGGAGCCGCCGCGCGAGUGAGAAGGGGGCAGAGCUGAAGAGACCGACACAGAAGGAAACGGGGAGGAGGAUGUCUCAUAGAGCGGCCGGCGUUCAGAUCCUCCCGUGACUCUCACAGCGGCGGGCCUCAGACCCCAGCGCGGACUCGGACUUUGUCUUUGGGGGCCCGUGCUCUGCCCUUCCUGGUUUCCGGCAAAAUCGCGGAGAAGCCGGCGUGCCUCUCCACCCUUCAGCCUUCCUCACCAUGUCCAAGAUGCCGGCCAAGAAGAAGAGCUGCUUCCAGAUCACCAGUGUCACCACGGCCCAGGUGGCCACUAGCAUCACUGAGGACACCGAGAGCCUGGACGACCCGGACGAGUCACGCACAGAGGACGUCUCCUCUGAGAUAUUCGACGUUUCUCGGGCCACGGAUUAUGGCCCUGAGGAGGUCUGCGAGCAAGAGACGCAGAGUCCCGGGACGGUCUCCCCAAACCUCCUCCUGGACGGGCAGCUGGCAGCCGCGGCGGCUACUCCCGCCAACGGAGGAGGAGCGGUUUCAGCCCGGAGCGUGGUUGGGGCGCUGGCCAAUACUCUGACGGCGGCCGCCACUUCAGCCACCUCCUCAGGAGCAUCCAGCGCCCCCCCGGGCCCAUCUGCCGGGCCAGGGACUGCAGCGCCAUCGCAGCCCCCCACCACUUGUAGUUCCCGUUUUCGCGUGAUCAAGCUGGACCACGGGAGCGGAGAGCCCUAUAGACGUGGCCGAUGGACGUGUAUGGAAUACUAUGAACGGGAUUCUGACAGCAGCGUCUUGACCAGGUCUGGAGAUUGCAUUAGGCACAGCAGUACUUUUGACCAGACUGCGGAGCGAGACAGCGGCCUGGGCGCCACCGGAGGGUCGGUGGUGGUCGUGGUGGCCUCUAUGCAGGGGGCUCACGGGCCUGACUCGGGAACAGACAGUUCCUUGACUGCUGUGUCACAGCUACCCCCUUCGGAGAAAAUGAACCUGCUGGCUUCGGCCCCGUCGCGGAGUUUUGGCAUUGGGCCGCCCCAGCCGCCGCCGCCUCCCGUAGGUGGGGCUGUGGUUGCAAGCUCCGCUCCGAUGCCGCCGUUCCCAGGAGCUGCGGCCGGGCCGCAGCAAAUUAUGGCAGCCCCGCAGCCAAACCAGCCCCAGGGAACCGGGACGGGCGCCGUCCCUCCGGGGCCCAGUGCACAGGGUCUGCCACUGACGAAUGUAACCCUGGCGCAGACCGGCAUUUCCCUGCAACCGCAGCCGGGCCCGGCCACCGGCGCUUCUGCGACGCAACAGCCCCAGCAGUUCGCGUAUCCCCAGCCUCAGAUUCCGCCGGGGCAUUUGCUACCCGUCCAGCCCUCUGGUCCGAGUGAGUACCUGCAGCAGCACGUGGCCGGCCUACAGCCGCCGAACCCCGCGCAGUCCUCUGCCACCGGCGCCGGAGCGAGCCCAUCCGCGGCGGCCAGCUUUCCGAUGAGCACGGGCCAGAAUGCCUCCGCUGGAGGCGCGCAGCUCAUGGGUGCCUCUCCUCUGCCCAGUGAAGCCGUGGCCCCGGGGCCGGGACCCGUGCCAGGCGGACACGCCGCGCCUUUUCAGCCGGCUGGAGUCCCCCCGGCUGCUGUAGGAGGCGCGGGGCAGCCGGGCCUGGUUCCUACCGGGGCCGGGAAGCCCCAUUCUGUGCCUCCAUCGCAGAUGGGUGGCAGCAGUACGCCGUCAGCCGGGCCUGGUGGCCCUCACGCCCUGGUGCCCGGAGUUCCAAACGUGCCUGCCGCCGUGCCCGCUCCAAGCGUGCCUAGUGUGUCUACCACUUCUGUUACUAUGCCAAAUGUACCCGCGCCUUUGGUCCAGUCGCAGCAGCUGAGCAGCCAUACACCAGUCAGCAGAAGCAGCAGCGUAAUCCAGCAUGUUGGGCUGCCCUUAGCGCAAGGCACACCCAGUGUACCAACAAGUCUACCACAGUCUGACCUAAGCCAGUUUCAGACUCAGACCCAGCCUUUAAUCGGGCAAGUUGACGAUACUAGAAGAAAAUCAGAACCCCUACCUCAACCACCACUUUCUCUCAUUGCUGAAAAUAAGCCUGUUUUGAAGCCGCCUGUUGCAGAUGCCCUGGCAAACCCACUUCAGUUAACACCUAUGAACAGUCUGGCCACCUCUGUAUUCAGCAUAGCUAUUCCUGUCGAUGGUGAUGAAGACAGGAAUCCUUCAUCUGCUUUCUACCAAGCGUUCCAUUUGAACACGUUUCAGGAAUCAAAGAACCUCUGGGAUAGUGCAUCUGGGGGAGGUGGUGUAGCCAUUGACAACAAAAUAGAACAAGCAAUGGAUCUGGUGAAAAGCCAUUUGAUGUAUGCAGUAAGAGAAGAAGUGGAAGUUCUAAAGGAACAAAUAAAAGAAUUAGUUGAAAGAAACUCUUUACUUGAACGAGAAAAUGCACUGUUAAAAUCUCUUUCAAACAAUGAUCAGUUAUCCCAACUCCCAGCCCAACAGGCCAAUCCUGGUAGCACUUCUCAACAGCAAGCAGUGAUAGCACAGCCUCCGCAGCCAACACAACCUCCACAGCAGCCGAAUGUCUCCUCAGCAUAAACCUUUCUUGCCUCAUUAAGGAAAAAAACUGAAAGCAGUCUAUCCUUGUGUGCCACUGGUGUUCUUUUCACUUUAUACGAAAGCAAGUAGCCAUGCUUCGGUUGUGUGUUUGGCCUUUCAGUAUUAGACAAUCAUUCUACAAGAGCUUUUUUUCUCUUAGAGAUGUCUGCAUCACUGUUGAUGUCCAGUUUUAUGUCAUCAGUACACAAGGAGAAUAAUAGGUGGGGUUUAUUAAAGCAAGCAAAGUCUGCAUUUUACCUGGUGCACAUGAGUGGGGUCUUUUAAGAGCUUUGGUGGCUCUCCCAUUUUUCCUAUUACCCCUGGAUUUACCCUGAGCCUUCCUAUCACAUUAUAAAUAACAGUUCAUCUAAAGAGCCACUUUUCUUUCAAUAUCAGUAACAUUUGCCUACAUAAGUUUUCAUUUAUUUGUGUUUUAUUUAUUACAGGGCUGCUAUUUUCAUAAUGUACAUGAACAAUGUCACAGAACUUUUUUAAUUUUUUUGAAUAAUUAUAAGUAUCAGUAAAGGAAUUGAAAGACAGGAUUGCAUUUAAUAGAUAAAACGUUUAGGCAAUAAUUGAACAAAAGAAUCCUGGCAUAUUUCUAACACUAAUGGCAAUUUAUCUUCGGUAUUUAUUUUUAGUAAAGACCCAGCUUGAAUGUAAAUUUUGUAUAGUGUAAGUAUGAAGAACAUAGUGCAACUGUACAGGUAGUCACCAGUUAUUGUGAUAUAAUAAAUAAUUGGGCUAUUUUGAUGAAGAAAACUUUGUUCAUUUGUUUCUACUUUCUAAUAGAGAAAUUGCCACGAUUCCUCUGCUUUUUGACAUUUCGUAUGACUUUUUUUUUUUCUUCGGGUGGGAAUAAAAAGCUGUGAAAUUGUUCAACCUACUUUGUAACCAAAGAAGCAAAGCUGUGUAAUGGAGGUUUUUUUGUUUUGUUUUGUUUUUUUGUUUUUUUUUUACAAUGCACAUUCUUUAUGUAUUUUUAUUUAGUGUUUUCUCGGUCACAAUUUUCUUUGCUGUCUAGCAUGAUCUGCAUGACCUAUGCUCUUUGAACCACUUUCGUACCUCAUGUUUUUAUCCAGCACUCUUAUCGUAAUAUGUACUAGUCUGUGAACAAUGUCAAAUAAAAAAGAACGAACAGGUAGUUAUGGUGGAGCUGAGCUAGUGUACUAUACACUAGUUGUAAAAUACAAGAAAAAAUGAAGUGAGCCAUCUUUUGUUCAUUUAAAAUGGUGUUUUGAAUUUCGUAUGCAGAAAACGUUUUGUUACAUUGCAGAUUUUAAUGUAUUUAAUAAAUGCAACAUGCAGAUUAAGUGCAGUGUAUACUGAGUAUUUAAAUUAAAAUGUACAUUUCAUAAAUACAGUUUCAAGAAAGCAUCAUUUUGUGUAUACUAACACAUUAAGUGUAUGUCAGAAAUUGAUGUAUAAAUAUAUAUUUUAACACAUUUUCUGAAAUUAAACUGCAGUUUUGUUGAAA